AUGUCCUCGACUCUUGUGGCCGUGUACGAGCAGGCAUGUAGCGAUGCCGCCGUGCUGCCCAACUCGGCGCUGGCCCGUUGCUUCGCCGCCACCGAACAAGCUAUGCUGCUGCAGGUGUUGUCCCUCAGCACGAACCUUAUCGGGCCGCGUGGGCUAGUAGCGCUCUUACCUGUGCUACGUGAGUGUCGGCACACCUUGCACACUCUCGACCUCAGCCACAAUAGCCUCGACAACGCAACCAUUCGACAGCUGGUGCUGUGCUUUGCAAGCGGCGGCUUUUCCGCACUGCGCCGACUCGAACUGCGCGGCAACCUGCUCACCUAUCAGGGCGGCAAGUGCCUUGUCCACUGGUGUGAGGGGCUGCGCACAGUGAGGCAAGCACACGACACGCGGCAAGCCGGCGUUGAUGAUGUGAAGGGCAGAAGCGCUCAUUCUCUCGCCCCGGCUGCGCCACCUGGCGCACCAGCGUCGCUUCUUUGCUGCGCUGAAUACUGGUGUGAUGCGACCGAUGUUAACAUCGACUACGUCGGCAUCGAAGAUACCGCCAUGCCGGAGAUGUUGCAGAGGGCUCUUCUUCAGCGAAUCACGGACGCCAUGGCGCGCCGUGAGGCGCGUCGGCUGGGACACAGCUCGCAACGACGCAGUCUCAGUUGUGUUGCGACACGCGAAUCAGGCCCCGUGGCAGACACAUCAGGCGCGGCCGACUCUCCACGACUGUCCUCGGCGGAUGCCGAGAGUGUUAAGGCGCCUGUCCUUGAUGGCCCCCCGAUCGUGGGUACAGCGCACCCCUUCGCACGGAGCCCGGCCGACUUUUUCACGGACGACAAUGACGAGCUGCAACACAGCGACGUCAUGAAGGUCGCCGCCGCCGUCGGUGCCGCAGCAGUCGCCGUCACAGAGGCUCGUGAGACAGACGUUCCUCGCUUUCUCCAAGAUGAUAUCGACAUGGAUGUCCUUCACAAACCUGCCUACGAUUACACCAGCGCCGGUGACAACGUUUCAGGUGGGGCGGAGGAGUUGGAGGACGUCAGGGACGACAGCGGCUAUCACAGCGACAACAGCCCCGCUGCCGGGGUCGCCGGCACGCUCUUGAGUGCUGACGCAUAUGCAGAUCAGCGGUCAUUUGGAAUGCACCGGCGAUCGGGCUCUGUGGCAGAAGCGUUGCCCUUCCCAAACCACUCGCUGAAAGAGGGUAGCGGGACUGAUGCGCGGUGCGCGGUAUCGUGUUCGCGUCCGGCAUCGUCGCCGCCCAUGUCCCCUACUGCUUCGGACGGCUUUGCUUCGUACACCGCCGAGCCUUCAGCAGCAGCAGCAGCGCAGCAGCAGCAGCAAGAGGAAGUGGAGCCGUACCCUCCUCCGCCGCUAAAGACUGCCUCGAACAUCUUGGAUGAGUUGGGGCUUGAGGCUGUCGCGGAAACAGCUGGCGGCGGCAGCGGCGGUGGUGAUGGUGGUGGUAUGGAGGAAGAUGCCGAUACAGUGCCUAUGUGGCUCGAGGCGCUGUAG